UUGAGUGUUGACGCGUCCUGACUUGUUCGAGUCGAAUGGGUUGCAAAGGAGACACCCGACAAUUAUUUGAGUUGUUCCCAUUGAAAAAGCCGGAUGUAGUCUCAAAUACCCGGGUCACACCAUAUCAGCUUAAUACGUCGCUUGGCUGCUGUAUGUGGAGAUUCCUGAUAUCUGGUACACGGCUUUAUGCUGUCAAAGGACAUACUCAAAUAUAAUGGACAAUGGUCUUUUUUCGCAACUCUGCUGGUCCACCCUGAAAUACAUUACUUGGCUCUUGUUCUACCUGUCAAUCGUCUUAGCGCAAGACGACAAGAUCACAUGCACGAUACUACCGGUGACCCCCUUUCAAGACACAGUCCUGACAUGUCACUUUCCUGAGGACCUGAGUGUCACUAAAAAGGACUUCACUGUCUACCACUACGGUCAGGAUAAUAGUCCAGAUUCUGUCUUAGACUGCUGGUGGAUUCGAGGUUUUCUGGACUGUUACACAAAGCCUGGGUUCACGUAUGACAAGAGAAUUAGCCGUACACUAAACAUUACAGUCAACUAUAAGACAAAGCCAACAGGCAAAUACGCUUGUCAGGUGGCUGGAUACAGCUCAAGCUUGUUGACAACAUGUGAAUUUGUCGCUAAACUGGGUCCAAAUAACACAUGCAAUAUUUCAAAGGAGCAGGGUGACUCCCAGGUCAAUGUGACAUGUUUCUUUAAUGAAGACAUCCAGAAGACACAAAGAAAUUUCACUGUGUACAAGCAUCACUCCCAAGAGAAACUAAGUGUUCUGAAAUGCUGGUGGGAAAAUGAAAAAGUGAAUUGUCAGGUAAAUGAGGGCUACCUAUACAACAAAGAGGUCUCCUCCUACCUCCAAAUAGGAAUUCCUCCAUCAACAAAUGAGAAAACACAUAUCUACUCUUGUUGGCAUGAUGGGUCUAUCGCUGAUCGAGUGAACACGUGUUCACUUAAUGACAAGAAAACAGAACAAAAACCAAUCUUCAUCGGAAUCGUACUAGGAAUUGUACUAGGCAUUGGUACUGCUGUGGUCUUAGUGAUCAUAGCAAUAGUCUUAUUCAAGAGAUGCAGGGUUCCACGCAGAACUUACGAGGAGAGGAAAGGUAUUUCAAGUGACGAAGAAAGCCACCUAAUGAAGGAGACAAAGAAAAAGAAAGAGACGUUUGAAGACUUACUGUUAAAGAAAACCAAGGAAAUGUACCCACAUAUGCAAGAAGGAUGUUAUUUUGUGCCUCCAGUGUACUUAAACAAACUUCGAUACAAAACACAGUCUGUUGCCGGUCAAGUCGUCUACAUCCCUGACCCUCCUGACCCGAGUGAUGAGAGCAGGGACCGAGCCAUGCAGCAUGUCAUCCACAGUCUACGUGACAUGGCGGACACACAACACGAACAUAUGUUUGUUCUGACACAGUUCCAGUACGAAGACUACUUGAAUAACCCUGGCCGUGGCUACAGAAAACAUCGUCUGCCUGUUCCCACUGGUCUGAAAGAAAAGAACAAAUACAAGGACAUCGGAUGUUUUGAUUUUCUGAUCAUCCAUCGACAUCAUGGCGUGUUGGUAGGAGUCGUCAAGGAUGUGGGUCAGAAAGAGAGUGGAAAUCAAGAUAAGAGGCAAAGAAUAAAAGAUAGCGCGAGUGAAAUUAGCCCAAUGAUGGGUAAAGAGACAAAUAGUCAAAUAAGAAAGGGAAAUACUGACGGCAAAGAGAGUGGUGACAGUAUACAAACAACAGAAGUCAGUGAGAGUAGUGGUAAUCAGCAGGAGACUUUAAACAAUGACAGUGAAGAUAACGAGCAGGAAACUGGAGGUCAAAGAUUUCAAGAAGGAAGUGAUGACACUUUGAAGACGACAGACAACAAAGAGAAUUGUGAUACCAGGCGCAGUACAGAAGAACUUAUGAAAGAUGUAUCUGAAGCUAUACAACAACUUAAGAAAGCAGAUAGUAUGGUGCACCAUCUUCUGUCAGACCAGGAUCAGAGCCCUAGAGUACGACUGAUCUUGGUUCUACCAAACAUUACAUUGAAGACACUGCGAAAUGCACUUGACUGUCACCCAGAGUUGACACAGAAUUUUCUGGAAUGCAUACAACAAAAUUCAAUCAACGACCUCAUUCAGUUGUGUCUAUGUGCCGACCAUCUUCCCAGUCUUGACACCACCAGGAAUGUCGAGUCGGUUAAGAUUCCUUUCCAAGCUUAUUGGGACCAUUUCAGAGAUAGCUCUGUGGAUACACCCGCCAUGACUGAUGAUUUGUUUGCAAAUAUGAUAGCGAGAUUUUGUGGUCCUUCCACCAUAUCCUACUUCAAGACUCCAUGUGAACCGGAAGUCAUUACACAUCAACUACCUAAGACUCUGGACCAGGCCGUGUCUCUGACCGGUGAAUUGUUUGAGCGAUUCACGCUGUACCCGGGUAUGACAUAUUUUCUAGACUUGCCUCGAGCAUUCCUUGUUGGACCGCAGGGUACUGGGAAAACCCGGAUGCUGAGUCUGGUCGGACGGAAGUGGCUGUCCGAGGGUCAUGACGUGUAUGUACUUUACACAAGUCCUGAGGGUGAGGUAGCUUCGAUGGUGUUACAGACCUUGCUCCAAGGGACAUCAUCGACACAGCCACAAGCCAGUCCUGCAUCAACGGUUAUCACUUUGUUGUGCAACAUAGACGACGAUAAUAAAAUAGAUAACACCAUUACAAUGUUGAAAGAUCGUCUGAAGGACCAGCCAUUGUAUGCACUUGUUGACGAAGUAGCGCCCGAAGAAGAGAAAGGACAAAAGGUCCGUGCCUUUCUUAUAAAAAUAAACGAGUGCCUCAAAGAUCCCCACCUGUGGGCAACAAGUUACCGCGCAGACAUCUCACCACCAGGAUGGAUUGGAAAGUUUUUCACAAAACCUAUUAGUUGCCCACCUUUGAUUGUAAGAGAGACCGGGCAGGGUCAAUGUAGUGUUGGAUUAACAAAAUACUCAACAAGCAAAUGUUUUUCACCUACUGAUGGCCUGCCAGUGAAACGUAUUUACCAUCAGAAAUUAAAUCACAGUAAGAAAAAGCCACAUAACUGUGAAGUGUGCGGAGAGGAUGUUGCCAAAUUCUUGACUCAAGACCUUCAUAUUGGGGACAGAGUUUCAGACAUCUUUCCCACGACUUCAAAUUCUACACGUGACCAAAGAACAUGGGAGACACCAGUAACCCUAGAGUACAGAGAUGUGAUGAUUUUGUUUGAAAUGGACAUUACAGAAGAUGUUCCUCUGAUAAAAAUUCUCAAAGACGAAGGAAUUCCAGUCCAGAUCAUCAACUCUAGAGAUGAGAAGACUACUAUCAGGCAUGGUAGUAACACAGUUUUGGUGGCUAAAGCAGGUUUUCUGAACGGACUGAGAAGAAAGGUGGUGGUGUAUGUAGAGGGAGAUAUAAACAGGUCAGAGUUCUCUGCCCAGUGGAGCAGACUGCGGGGUAUCACAAGCUGCACGGCACAACUGGUGUAUGUUCGGAAUUUCUCAUAAUUUCUCCUUUUGUCCUCAUUGAAUGCCGGGGAAAAUGUAUGUGUUGACACGGCCACUAUAUAGCCUCUUUCAUAUAGCUGAACAAAUAUACAGAUGGACAUACAAACAUCUCAAUCCACGUGUAUAAAACGGUGAGACACACCAUCAUACUUCAACGUUUUUAUAUAUUUUUAAAUCUAAAAAUUAAAAAUGUUUCGUUUGUAUUUACGAGCUAUAAGGAUCCACGGUUAUGAAAUAAAAUAUCUGAUACCAUGGCUGUUACAAAGGUUUAAAAAAAGAGAGAAUGAGAAUGACACAAAUAAUAACGAA